CAAAUAAAAACUUCUGUUUUCUCGUGUCAUAUUUAUCUUUCAAAAUUUCUCAUGAUAUCAUUUUGUUUUUUUCCAUUUAUGUUAUUUUCGAUCGCUCAUUUCACGAUUAUACAGUCAUUUGAUGUGAACAAAUUGCUUUUUUUCCCCUGUGAAAAAAUCAAAUUAUUGGCGUGUGUCAUUGUUUUGUAUUGCCAAUAUUGCUGCUGCUGCGUUUGUAUGAUCAUAAUUUAUGACAAAAUUAGAAUAUGAAUCCAUCAAAUGACAAUAAUAAUAAUAAGGGAAAAUAUCAUCACCACCAUCAACAACAACAACGUCAAGAUUCAGCCUUUACAUUUAAUUAUAUCUAUACCUGUGAUAUUGAAGAUGUUUUAUUUCGAGUAAAAAUUGUAAAUCUUGAUGGUAUUCUACCACCAAACAGUAAAAAUUCAUCACAAUCACAUGGUUCUGAUUCAAAAUCACAACAAUCAUAUAGUUUUACAACCGUCCAUAAUCAUUAUGAAUAUAAUAUUGUUGAAGAUGAGAAUAAUUUUACCUUAAUUGAUAAUUUAAUCAGUUCCGAUGAUGAUAAUGGAAAUGAACUUGAUGAAGAAGCAACGACUAGUGGAAUCGAAUCGGAUGAAAAUCGUAUCAAUCCUCGACAAUCUUUUCUUCAUCCGAUUUCAGGUGCCACUUCUGAACAAAAUGCUAAACAAGAUCAUUCUGAUUAUGGUAAAGAAUUGAAAAAGAAACAGAAGAAAAAGAAAAAAUUGAAUGAUAUUAUUUUUGGUAAUCUAAAUCAACCGUUUCGAGCCUUAUCAAAUCAUCCAUAUAUAACUUGUGAUCUAAUAUCGAAUGGUCGACGACUAUGUCCACCGCAACAAAGUCAAUAUCGACAAAUGAUUAAUCGUUAUGAUUGGAACGAAUGGCUUGUAUUUUCAUUAACAUUAGAUACAUUACCACGUGAUACAUUAAUCUGUUUUACUGUUUGGGAUACAAUUUGUCCGGGUAAAACGGUUGCUGUUGCUCGUACCAGUCUAACAUUGUUUAGUAAACGUGGCUGUAUGCGUAAAGGUUUAUAUGAUUUACGAUUAUUUUUCAAUGAAGAUUGUAAAGAAUAUUAUAAUGGUCAAAUUAUGAUGGAAAAUCAAUCAGAACAACCACCUUUAUCCACACAAAAUAAUCAUAUAAUUACCACCGAUAUUCUUUUAUCCGAUAUUAAUCUAACUAAUCGUAAACAUCGAAAAACUGAAUUAGUAAUUGCAGAAAAUGAUCUAAUACCAAAACUACGAAAAUAUUUAAAUCUAGGCAAUACAAAAGAUGCACAAUUAUUUCAUUUUAAUAAUCAAAAUCGAAAAUUACGACAACAAAUGAUGAGAAAAGAUUUUGAUCCAGAAUCACUUGAAUUUACAUCUACUCAACAAUAUUUUGAACAAGAUCUAAGUCUUUAUCCAAUCGGUACAGGUGAUAAAUCGAAAAAAAUUCAACGUUUAGAUAAGCUCAAAAAAAGAUAUUACAAUAAUCAAUUGCCAAAAAGAGAAUCACAGGAUAGAAUAGCAUUUGCUGAAAUUGAAAAAGAAACUGUAACAGAAAAAUCACUUAGUACACAUGUAUUUCUUACCAUUGAAUUUCCAAUAAUAUUAAUCGAUGAUAUUGAACAUACGGCCGUUUAUUUUGAAGAUAAAAUUGAUCAAUGUUGUCAAUAUGAUAUUAUUGAUAAAGAUAUUGUAACAAUACCGGAUCCAGAAAUAAAUCUACCGAAUUUAGUUGAAAUUAAACAUCAUGCAUUAGCACGUUCAGCACGUUCCGGUAUUUCAUUACGUGAUCUUAAACCAAAUGCAACCAUACGUAAUCAAUUGAAUGCUAUUGUUAAUUAUCCAUCUACACAACAACUAACUAGUGAAGAACAAGAUUUACUUUGGAAAUUUCGUUUCUAUUUACGUAAUCAGAAAAAAGCAUUGGCAAAAUUUUUAAAAACUGUUAAUUGGCAAUCAAAUUCAGAAGCAGAACAAGCUAUUGAAUUAAUGAAUGAAUGGUCACCGAUGGAUGUUGAUGAUGCACUUGAACUUUUAUCACCAUAUUUUACUCAUCCAACUGUUCGUAAAUAUGCAGUUAGUCGAUUAAAAGAAGCUUCGGAUGAAGAUCUACUUUUAUAUCUUCUUCAAUUAGUACAGGCAUUAAAAUAUGAAAAUUUUCAGGAAAUUCGACAAGCUUAUGAAAAUGAAUUGUUAGGAUAUCAACAAAAGCAACAACAACAUCAACAGCAACAACAUUCAAGUCAUCGAGAACGAAAAUCACAUUCAGAAAAUACUACCGAAACUAUAAUGCCCGAAUCGAUGAAAAUAUUUGCUUCGACACCAUCUUCAAAUAGUUCUACUAUUUUUGCAACUUCCACCGAUACUGUUGAUCAUCCAUCAAGACAAUCAACGCAGGCAGAAAAAUCACCAUCUCGUGAUAAACAAAAUUGCACCCAAAAUGAUGAAGAUUUAGCAACCUAUUUAUUAAAUCGUGCUUGUCAAAAUGAUGAAUUGGCAAAUUAUUUUUUCUGGUAUCUUUGUGUCGAAUGUGAAGGUGCUAAAAGUUUUGGAUCAAGUUCGACCAGUGCUAUUGUCAGUACAGCUAGUACUGUUGAACCAAAAUCAUCAUCAUCAUCAUCAUCAAUAUCGACAAAUGUUACAGCUUAUCCAAGCGUCAUGUCAUCGGUUGCUACUAAUUCAUAUCUUAUACCACCACCACCACCAUCAAUCAUUGAAUGGGAAAAUGAACAACAAAAACAAUCAAAAUCAUCGGCUUCGAGUGUCAAUGAAUUAAGUGGAUCAUAUUCGAUAACAAAUGUAAUGGACAUGUAUAUGAUAAUGAUGCGAAGAUUUAGUACACGUUUAUUAUGUGGUACAUCCGAAAUGAUUGCCCGACGUCAUUUUCUAUUACGUCAACAGGAUUUUGUUGUUAAACUUGUUGAAAUUAUGAAAGAAAUUGCUCGUGAAAGUGGUAAUCGAAUGAAAAAGAUUGAAAAACUUCAAUCAAUUCUUGAAUCACCUGAACCACAAUUUCGUUUUAAUUUCAAUAAAAAUGAUCCAUUACCAUUGCCUUUGAAUCCAAAUAUUCGAAUAAUUGGUGUUGCUGCAAAAGAGGCUAUGAUUUAUAAAUCAGCAACAAUGCCAGCUAAACUUGGUUUUAUCACUACAAACGGUCAAAUAUUUUGGACAAUAUUUAAAAAUGGUGAUGAUCUUCGUCGUGAUGAUUUGGUAUUACAGAUGAUAAAUUUAAUGGAUAAAUUAUUACGUAAAGAAAAUCUUGAUCUUAAAUUAACACCAUAUCGUGUACUUGCUUGUAGUAGUAAAUAUGGUUUUGUUGAAUUUAUUGAUUCACAAUCAGUUGCUGAAGUUAUAUCGAAUGAAGGAUCAAUACAUAAUUAUUUACGUAAAAUUUCUCAACAUAAUACAACACCAACAAUUACAUCAACAUCAUCGGUAAAUGAUUUUCAACUUGUUUCGACUGGAACAACACAAUCAAGUGGAACAAGCAGUUCACCAUCAUUAUCACCAUCUGGUAUAAAUCAAACGGGUAUUUCAUCUGAAAUUAUGGAUGCCUAUAUUAAAUCCUGUGCCGGUUAUUGUGUUAUUACCUAUCUGUUGGGUGUUGGUGAUCGUCAUUUAGAUAAUUUACUUAUGACAAAAACUGGUCGUCUAUUUCAUAUUGAUUUUGGUUUUAUUUUGGGUCGUGAUCCAAGACUUCGUCGACCACCAAUAAAAAUUACACGUGAAAUGGUCGAUGCAAUGGGUGGAAUGGAUUCGGAAAAUUUUUAUAAAUUCUGUUCAUUUGUACGAACAGCAUUUUUACAUUUACGACGGCAUUCGAAUUUAAUAUUGAAUUUAUUUUCAUUAAUGGUCGAUGCAAAUGUACCGGAAAUUGCAUUGGAACCGGAUAAAACUGUACAAAAAGUACAGGAUAAAUUUAAAUUAGAAUUAAAUGAUGAACAAGCUGCUCAUUAUAUAACUGAACAGGUUGAACAAAGUGUUCGAUCUAUAAUGCCAGUUGUUGUUGAUCAAUUACAUAAAAUGACACAGUAUUGGCGAAACUAAUGGCUUCAACCUUUUCAAAAGAAACA